AUUUAUUUUUCAUUUCUAGUUACUUAAAUCUGAAUAUUUUGUUUGCAAAGCUGCUUCAGUUUAAUUAGGCAAAAAUAUGGUUGGGAAAAAAAAUUUCUUCACAAUAGAUGGCAAUUUCACAACGACGACCUAAUUGGAAAGAGUGAAUUCAAAAAUGGCGCGCAAGGCUUGGAAAUUAUUUUCACUUAUCAUCGCAUUCAGCAUAAUUAUCGACUCUUCAAGUGGAUCUCGUAGGAAAAACUUAAAAAGAUUAGCAACAGCUAAUAAUGAUCUAGGACUCAAACUUUACCAAAUACUUGUGACGGGAAACUCUGAGAACAUUUUUUUCUCUCCUUUCAGCAUAUCUAACGCAUUUGGAGUGCUAUUUGCUGGAGCCAAAAAAAACACAAAAAAGCAACUCAGAUCUGCUUUAGGAUAUGACUCAGCCAAAUUGAACAGUAGCAAGGUUUCCACAGCCUUCGACCAAUACCUUGAGAUGGUUUUACCCCAAAACCAAUCACCCAAUCCUGAAUACACCUUGAAUCUUGCCAAUGAAUUACUGCUAGACGAAAACUUUAUCGUCUAUACCAGUUACAAAAAUCAAGUACGAGAUUUUUUCCACGCAUAUGUCGAAAAUGUCGAUUUUCUGGAAAAUUCAGAUCAAAUUUUGGAAGAAGUUAAUGAUUGGGUAAAUGAGGUGACUCGUGGAAAAAUUAGCGAGCUCUUAAGUGAUUUGAGUACAGAAACAAAACUUCUCAUAAUAAACGCUAUUUAUUUCAAAGGUACGUGGAAAACAGAGUUCGAAGCGAGGGAUACAUAUUAUGAGGACUUUUAUAAUUAUGGAUCAGAUUCUGAAGUCAAGGAAGUUCCUCUUAUGCAUUUGACAUCGGAAUUUCCUUAUGUUGCUUACGAUGACUUACAGGUUUUGGAGUUACCAUACAAAGGAGACAACAUCAGCAUGAUCGUUCUUCUACCACAAGAUAAUGAUGGCCUCACUGAUCUUGAACACACUAUUACCUCAAAAGAAAUCCUUGCCAUCCGAAACGAAAUGUCUAAAUCCAAGGUAAAAGUCACAUUUCCGAAGUUCAAGGUAGAAUACAAGCGAACAAUGAAUAAGGAUUUCUCAGCACUGGGUGCAACGGACAUGUUUAACCCUGAUUUGGCAGAUUUCACGGCCAUAACACCAAAUGAUGGAAUUUGUGUCAGUGAUAUAAUACACAAAGCAGUUGUUGAAGUGAAUGAAGAAGGAAGUGAAGCUGCUGCAGCCACGUCUAUUGGAGUCAGAGCUACUGCUGCAAUUAGUGAUCCACAGCCUACACCACUAUUCAUUGCUGAUCAUCCAUUUAUGUUUGCUAUUAUGGAUAAUAGAAAUAACAUGAUGUUAUUUUUAGGUCGUGUCAAUGAAUUGUAAGACGUGUUUCUACGAAGAGAGUUCUCUAAUUGUAUUGUUAAUUGAUGAAUUGAUCAAUCAUUAAUUGAUUGUACAACAAGAUAUAUUUGCGUUACUGUAAGUUUAUUUUGUACAUUAAAGUGAUAGUAAAUAAUCGAA